AUAUCCAAAAUCUCCGGAGGAAUAAUUUCCAAAAUACUACCGAUACAUCUACUGAUACCGUAUAUACUAAAACCUUGCUGACCAUAAUGGAAUCACAAAUCCAAAAUUCCAAACAAAGCACCACCAUGUUGACCCUUUUUAGUCAUCAAACGAAAAUGGAGAAGGAACGAAAGGAACAAACUCAUGCGUAAGCAUCAGUGUCACCUCUCAAAAAGUCCCAAAUCUCGAAAACCACUAUAAAUUUACAAACCCUUAUACCCAUUUCCCACGGAUCAAACAACAGGAAAAAAUGAAAAUGGGAAGCGUUUCAGAGUUUCUCUCUAAGCUCUACACCAUAGCCAUCUGCUUGUUCUCCAUCUUCGUCAUCGAAAUAGUCAUCCUCAUUCGAACCUUCUCACGCUAUCCUUGGCGAGUUUACAAAAGCGCCUCCGGAAUCACCGCUAGCACCACCUUAUUGACUCUAAUAGACGCUCAGCAUCCGGCGAUCCGUUAUACCACCGCCGCCGCCCCCGGCGGUGAAUCGAAGGAAUGCUCCGUGUGUUUGACGAGAUUGGAAGACGGAGAUGAAAUCAGAGAACUGCAAUGCAAGCACGAUUUCCAUAAAGAUUGUUUAGAUCAAUGGUUGAAGAGGGAACAGGUGACGUGUCCGUUGUGCAGGAGGUAUGUGUUGCCGGAAGAAGUUGUGUCGGAGCACAAGCGAUUGAGAAGCGAUGAUGAAUUAUUCAGGGAAGAGGCGCAGUUUGCGUUCAUGAUCUACACUAUGUACGGUGGUGGGUUGCAUAUAACGCCAUCUGGAUGAAAUCAUGAAGACGAAAAAAGACGAAGUCGAAUUCGUAAUCUUUUCUUCUCUUUCCCUUCUGAAUCUUCUCACUCUGUACAUAAAUUGAUUUUUGCUGCAAAAUUUUCUGUACAAUUUUUUUUUUUUUUAAUCUUUCUUUUGAAAACUAUGUACUCAAUUGAAGAGUUCAUCCAAGGUUUUGGCUUUCUUUGAUUCGAUCUCA